AUGGCCGAGCUCGUCCCAUCGGAAACUUCCGUCUCUGACGAAGAAGAGCUGGACCCCGGGGAAGAAAGCGAGCCCGAGUUCAAGGACGACCUCGAGAUCACCAUUGAUGAGAGCAACCGCGAGAGGUGGCCCGAUAUCGUCCUGCAGGCGCGGCGGCACAUGCGGUGCCACCCCUACCACUGGCAGAGGCAUCGUCGUCCAGGGAUAGCCUGUUAUCUGAGGGAGUCCUCGAGCUCGUCAGAAGAGUCAGACGAAGACAACAACAACAACAUCAAUGCACACCCUUCCACCCCCGCCGAGCCGGCGCGGCCUAGGUUGCACCUCUUCACCCGCCUCCCCAAAGAGCUGAGGGACCACAUCUUCCUCAUGACGGUCGACCCCGUCACCGUCGAGGGCGACGUCAGGAUCGAUCUCGAGUGGCGCCGCGGCCCACAAGCCCAUUUCCGACAACACCUCAUCAGGAGUUUCGCCGCCAUCCCCCUCUACGCCGUCAGCCGCGAGACAAGAGCCCUCGCGAUGGCCUCGUUCGGCGCGCCAGACCCGCGGACCUUCCCCCUCAGCCCCGCACGGGACGCCGUCGAGCUCGUCUGGGACGGGUCCAUGUCUGCCAAAACGUGGCGGACGACGGGCGACGACCACAGGGAAGCCGGGCCCGUGGUCUCGGCCGCGAGGAGGGGGUGCCCGAGCAGGGAGUGGGCGAUGCCGCGGUCGCUCUGCGAGCGUGUGAGGCGUGUCGUCGUCGACGGGCGCCACGCGAGGUUCGACGAUGGGGGAAAAGGUCCGUGGGGCCUUGUGUUCGGGCUCGUGAGGGAUUGCUUUACCGAGGUCGGCGUGUUGAGACUGAGAAUGUGGGAUCUGGACGACGAGGGGUUCGAGGGGACUCGUGGGGCGGGGCCGGAGGCGCUGUAUCGCGUCGACCAGAUGGACUUUUUCGACCGGUUGGAGGAGGCGUCUGGGAACGGGCGGACGGUCCCGUUCCCCAUGCUGAGGAUGUUGAGGGUCGUGCCGGAGCUGGACUUUCGACGGAAGAGGAGGAGGCUGUUUCGAAAGGUCAGGGGGUCUCAUUUCUUGGUCGCCAGAGACGACGAGACCCCAACGGCUGGACCUUGA